AUGCCGUCUAUCCUCAGUGAUGCCGACAAGGAAACUGUCAAGCGACAGGUGCCCAAGCCGGCCAACAAGAUCCUCGCGGUAGCUGUCGCGCGACUCUACGUUGCAUAUCCUGAUCCUCAACGAUGGACUUAUACUGGGAUUCAGGGAGCGAUAGUGCUCUGCAAUGAUCUUGUUGGACGAACCUUCUGGUUGAAGAUCGUUGACGUCUCGCCUACAGGCAAGGGUGUCAUAUGGGACCAAGAGAUCUACGAUAAUUUUGGUUACAAUCAGGACCGCACCUUCUUCCACACAUUUGAGCUCGAAGCCUGCUUGGCAGGACUGUCCUUCGCCGAUGAGAAAGAGGCAAAAACGUUCAUUAAGAAGGUGAUGGAGCGUGAGAAGCACGCGAGCAAGGAGACCAGCAAAACUCCCUUCGCCUCCUCUCGAGGACAGGGGCCUGCGCCUGUGACUAACGGCAAAGGAAUUGGGCGAUCAAUCUUUGGCAGUCUAUUGCAUCGAUCGAGUCCAAGCCCAAGCGCUGCUCCAUCUCCAGCUCCAGUAGCGGUUCCGGCACCCUCAAUACCAGUGGGCCCACCGCCAGUGUUGACACCAAGUGCUCCGCCAACUAAGGGAGAUCUACCCUUCGAUAUCAAUGAUCCAACCCAGAAGGGCCUCCUCGAUGAGUUGCUGCAGAUGGGUAUUACCGAAGAUCAGAUAGCAGACAAUUCCGAAUUCAUCAAAUCUUGGAUCGCUCAGAAGCAGAACGCAGCGGAGUCAUCACCAGCGACGAGUGACCAGGACAAGCCGCGGGCUCCUCCUCCACCUCCACCUAGUGCUCCAGCGCCAAAAGCGGCCACCCUCACUCCGCAGGAUACAGGGACAAGCCGGCGUGGACCGCCGCCGCCGCCUCCCCCUUCGAGAAAAAGCCGUUCUGAUGCUAUCGAAGAACCAGCUGCGCCUCCACCGAGCGAGCCCUCCCCACCCCCAGCACCAACUCGAAUGUUCCGAGCGCCGCCUCCGAUUGCAGAUGCGGGCAAGUAUGCAGAGCCCGCUGGACCUGCACCACCACGACGACCCAGGGCGAUCUCGAGUGUUACGCCGGGCCCGCCGCCGCCUCCGCGACCUCCAAAGACACCAAUGGAGGAGCCUUCAAACCAACCAACGAGUCGCUUCGGAGUGCCUCCGCCAUUCACUGGCGAUCGCAAAGUCUCUGCACCACCCGCACCACCGAGCCGCAGUCCAGUCCCGGGUGGUCCUCCACCACCUCCUCCUCGCACAUCCAGCCCAGCGGCACCGCCUCAGCUCCCUCCGAAGGUCCCCCAUGGUGGUGCACCCUCUGGACUUCCCCCUCCACCGCCAGCUCGAGGCGCUGUCCCACCUCCGCCUCCACCACCGCCAGGACCUCGGCCCUCGUCAGUUGCGCCCGCUGCUCCUGGUCCUCCGCCUCCGCCUCCUCGAGGACCGGCUCCUCCAGCAGGCUCCCAUUCACCAGCUGCUCCCCCACCACCGCCACCACCAGGUCGUGGUGGUCUACCUGUACCACCUCCACCUCCCCCAGGAGCAGGGUCUAUUCCACCACCCCCUCCGCCUCCCAAUCGCAGUGGGCCAGGAGCUCCUCCGCCGCCGCCACCACCUCCAGGAGGCGCAGGAGGGCCGCCUCCACCCCCGGCUCCUGCUGGUGGAGCUCCUCCAUUGCCGAAAAAUGCUGGGGGAAGAGAUGAUCUCCUUGCAGCCAUCCGAGGCACGGGUGGUGCUGGUGGAGGUGGUCUUCGAAAGGUCAAGGACUCCGAAAAGAAGGAUCGCAGUGCAGCCAUGGUUCCUGGAGGCGCAGCGGAGUCAUCAGCAGCAGCAACCAGCUCCGGCGGGGCCGCUCAGGGUGGCCUUGCCGGCGCUUUACAAGACGCACUCAACAAGAGAAAGCAGCGUGUUAGCGGCAGUGGUAAGUUAUCCAUCUUUACCUUGGACAAGAACAACUCACUCAUGAUAUACUCUAGAUGA